UUUCUUUUCUUGAAAUUCGCGUUAACCUUUUUUUAUUUGCCACCAUGUUGAAACAAAAGAAAGGAGUGAACCGAUUUGCUGCAGCGGCAGCAGCUAGUCGCCAACCAAUCUAUGUAGAGAACUCUCUCAAUAGUGAAUACCCUACUCGUCUCAAUUUUUAUCUCAAACCACCACCCGCCGAAAUUACCAUUGAAGAACUGGAACUGUUCGCCCUCGAUCGUCUUCAAGUGUUAAAGGCAAUUGAAAACGCGGCAUUACGAAACAAGCGAGGAGCCGACUUUAAUCGAGACAUUGACCAAGUGCUAGAAAAGCACUUGCCACUAAAAUCCAACCUUUCACGAUCACCGAAUCUCUUUGAGGAGCGGCGCAAAGAUCAUAUUAGUCAUUUUAUUUUGCGUCUCGCCUAUUGCCGCAGUGAGGAAUCACGGGCAUGGUUCUUACGACAAGAGUGUCUGCUAUUCAAGCAUCGAUUUGAACAAGAAACGUUGGAAGAUAAAAAGGCGUUUUUAGCAAGCCUGAACCUGAAUUGGAAAGUCCUUACUUCAAAAGAAAAAGAACGUAUCCAAGAACAACUGGAGCAAUGUUCAACAUGGUUAGCUGUCAAACAUCAAACAACGACUCGGACAUUUGUGCAAAACGAAACUUUCUUUGAGGUGGAUUUCGAAAAAGUCCCUGAUCUCCUAAGUCGUCGACAUGUGUACGUUACUCGCGGCAAAGCAUACAUACCGAUAACAGAACAGAUCAGUUUAGUGAUGGAAGAGUUCCGUAAUCGCUUAUCACAAGCCCUGGAGGCUACUGCGAAAGCUUUACCACGCAUGGAAGAAGAUGACCGUCUGAAACCUAUUCUUCUGAAUGUCGAAAAACAGUAUAUGGGCAAGACUUAUGGUGAUACUGAUGAAUCAACAGGCACCGUAAAAGCAGCCGACGUGAAUACGCUUGUUGAGAAAUACGCUCCACUUUGCAUGCAGCAUCUCAACCAGGCUCUACAUCGUGACCAUCAUCUCCGUCACGGCGGUCGUAUGCAGUACGGAUUAUUUUUGAAGGCAAUUGGGUUGUCCAUCGACGAAGCACUGGUGUUCUGGCGCACUUUAUUCUCCAACAUUACCGAUGACAAAUUUCAAAAAGAAUAUGCAUACAACAUUCGACAUAAUUAUGGUUUGGAAGGAAAGCGCGUCAGUUAUGCGCCUUACAGUUGCAUGAAGAUCAUUCAAGGCAAUCCACCGUCCACUGGAGACCAUCACGGAUGUCCGUUCAAGCACUUUUCGCAAACUAAUCUCGAGGCUCGACUUCACAAGAAUGGCAUCUCACAGCAACAUAUCAGUGAAAUCACAAACCUCGUGCGCGAUCGUCAUUAUCAAGUCGCUUGCACACGCUAUUUCGAAGUAACCCAUCCCGAACACACGGACAAAGUUGAAGUCAUCGAGCAUCCCAAUCAAUAUUACGAAAUGAGCCGCAACCUGCAAGCAUCCUAGAUAAUUCUUUUCCCAUGUUCCAUAUUACUUUCACACUUUCAUAAUUCAUGCUCAUUCGCGCUUGAGUGCAAUGAAAGCAACCCUCCAAUUUGCUCAUACUGUUAAAUACUAAAAUUCUCUCUUUAUCUUGUCUACACGUCUUGUCUACACGUCAACCUAAUUAUACGAUCGCUUGAUCAAUGUGAA